ACAAUUAUGAGACUUAUUAGUAUUUUUCCUAAAUGUAACAUCCAGAUGUAAUUGGCUAUGUCUUUUUCAAAAAAUAUUUUUAGUGCUACAAAACUUUUUUUACAGAACGACUAUAAAAACAGUUCAUUUCUGUAUAAUUUUCAAAAUUACACUUGGGGUCUGGACUAAGUGGAUCUUGAGAUCAAUAAAAAGUCCGGGACUGUUGCCUCUGAAACAUCCUAGGAAGGUGGCCCUUUUAACGUCUGUCACGCUUAGCACUUAGGAGAUGACCUGAUCCUUUAAAGAAACCUCUCCUUUUUUUAUUCAGUCUUCAAAGCAUUAAGGGAAUAUGUCUGGGUUCAUUAUACACCUUCUAGCUCCUAACUUCUCCAACACUUCUCAACCUUCAGUUCUGACUGCAUUCAUUUCAAUUUGUCUACUCUUUUCCAACUAUUUUUAACUAAGGUAAAUUGUCCAAAUUCUCUUUCUCUUCUGCGGAGGUUUUUAGUACUGCUAACAUCUGAGAUAUACAACAUUUUUAUGACCCUGUCUCUAUUCACAUGAGCCAUUACCAGGUGGAAAUUCCCAGGUGGGAAAUUUCUCUCAGUUCACAUGGGCCAGGAUGCCUUCAUAAAUACUUUCCUGCACAAUUACAUAAAGGACACGAGCCUAGAAGACCUCCACACAUGUCAGAACCCUAGCGCGUCAAAGAACAAGUAGGCAAUUGUGAGCAAUUUGACAACCAAGGGCCUUGGCCGUUCAUUGGACACAGAGCACGUCAAUCCUUGUUUGUCAGCAAAUGAGCCCAAAGCUCGUGACGAGGGGUCACAGGCCACCGUCAACGGUUCCGGCCCCGCCCCUCGACUGUGGCCUGGCUCCACUGCCUGAGGCCCGACUUCCGUCGGACGCUUCCGCCAUUGGCCGCCCACCCUCCCGGUCGUGGGGCCUCCUCUGUGGUCCCUUCUGUGACUGCCUCGGUCCAUCUCACUUCCCUCAGCCUCCUCUCAGGGCAGCCACUUCGGGUGCCACCACCUGCGCCACUGCCAUCGUCCCCCGCCCGGCUGAGGUAACUGGCGGCUGCCAUGUCUACCACGGGGGAUGGAGAUCUGGCCCCUGGCGGGCAGGAAGGCCCUGCAGGUGCGUCGGGGGCCCAGGCCAGAGCCCGUGACGGUGUGGACCGCAGCUCCGAGGCUCGCAGGGGUGACUCCAUGCCUGAGGCUGAGGCGGGUGGAGUCGUGGGGGCCUCAGGAGGCCCGAGGGAGGCGGCCCUGGAGGGCGGGAACGCUGAGGAAGACGCCGACCUCAGGCCGGCUGAGGAGAGGGAGGUGGAGGAGCAGGCGGAGGGCGUGAACCGCAUGGUGGUCUCGCGCCACUUCCCCAUGAACACCUUUCUCUUAACGGUCCUAAAUCUGGCACACUCGAUGGUGAACCGUUUGUCCGAAAACCACGUCAUACUUCCGCCAAAUGAUGACCGCGUGUUGGUCUGGCACCAGACCAGGCAGCGCUUGUCCGACCACGGCUCAGCCGCCGUGGCCGGGUUUUCGGAGGUCCAGGUGCCAUCGGAUGAAUCGGGGGAGGGGCCGGCUGAGGAAGCCCCGGACCAGGGGGCGGAGCAGGCGGAGGAAGCCCAGGAGGCGGAGCAGGCGGAGGAAGCCCAAGAGGCGGAGGAAGCCCAAGAGGCGGAGGAAGCCGAGGAGGCCUCUUUAUUGGAGACGGCCACCAAGGAGUCUGAGGAGCCCAGCUCGCGGGAGAUGCCACAGGAGCCUGUCGCCCCUGAGAAAACAGCUGAAUGCCAGGAUGAGAACUCCAAAGAAGAGGCGCAGGGCACCAAAAGUGAGGGGAAAGAAAAGAAGUAUAACAGAAAACAAGAAGAACCAGAAAAGGAUCUGGACCCAGGAAAGGACAGGCCCAGAAAGCCCAGUUUGGAAGACUAGAAAGAAGACAGAGAAAGAAGAAAGGAUCCAUUGUUCGCUAUUUUUCGAUUUUUCAGAAGCCCAUGGGAUUAUUAACGUUGAUUUCCUUCCCAAAUCCAUCCCCCAAAGAGCAACUGUCUAAUAAUAAUAUCUAUAAAAAUUCCAAUAUCUAAUUGGGUUUUAUCUUUUCCAGAUAUAUUUGACAGCAUUUGUUCUAGUUAAAACUAAGUUUUAAAGUAGUAAACUGAAAUGUAGAUAGAUUUGUGUAUAUAAAUAAUCCUGAUUUAAAUCUCUUUAAAAAUGAGAAGCCGUUUUACAUCAUUGGAAGGCAUCAUCACAUUCCACCAUUUGAUAAGCCUGUUUUAAGUUCUUUUAUUGCAGCCCAAAAUAAAAUUUGUAUUUAAAA